AUAAUUGAAAAAAAAUGAUCUCGAACAUUUCCCAUUGAGAAUAUUCUCCGUAUAGUAAAAAAAGAAAUUCCUCAAUUAAAUUCUUAGAAGGUCAAAAAGAAAAAUCAUAUUCAUACAAAUAUAGUAGACCAUCGGAAGUAAAAAUACAAAUAUAACAGACCGAGAAACCAAUUGAGCAAUCUUUUUCUUAAAUUUAGCGUUUGGUGAUGAAUUGAUAAGUACUUAAUCACUAAAGAUUUUGAUUUUGAGUUCUAUAUAUAUAAUCACUUAUCGUAGGGACGGUUUUAUCUCAAAAUAAGACUUUUCAACGUGGAUCACGGAAAAAAAUUUAAAAGAAAAAAAGCAAAAAGAAGUUGUCUCCAUACAAAUGAUAAAUAUGUUUUCAUCUUUAAUCAAAGAUGUCUGCUUCAAAAUUCUGGAUAAAUAAUCGCUUUUAAUAAAUAUUUUUUUUUAUCUCAAAAUGAGAAUUUCUAGUGUGAAUCUAAAUUAGUCGUGCUUCAAAAUGGGCACUCUAACACCUGUGGACACUAGGUGAAAAAUCAUAAUCAAAGUAGAAAAAAAAAAGGUUUUGCUGAUUUCUAAGUAAAGGAAGCGUAAUUAUGCGUAAUCAGCGCCAAAGAUGCCACACUUUAGGUUACUAAUAUGCUUCUGUCACCCAUAAUCAAGAGAAAAAUAGGAGACAUUUGCUGGUGUAGGUAAAAGUGGUUCAGUUAUCAAUAAACUGAUGGAGUUUUGCCCAGUAAUAAACCUGCAGCCACGUGCUCUAAGUACCCUUCCAAGAUGUCUAACUUAAGCUUCUUCCCUUGUUUAACUUCCAAUACCAUUUCUGGUGGCGGGUACACACACAUAGUAACAUAGCCAAGUGGCCAAAUUGCUGCAUGCCAAGUAUAAAGAACCGUGGGCAUGCUAAAAUAACCAUUUCUUUAUUUAAACAUAUUGUCCACAGUAAUGCCAUCCAAGUGGAAUUAUAGAAAGUUUGAACAAGUCCCUCCUAUGCGAAAAUGAAAAUUUAUGAGACUUUCUUGUUAGAGGUCUUAAAUUUAAAUUUUUUUAUAAGCGAAAGCAAUGGAUUUGUUUUUUGGAUCGUCAAAUCGAACUUACCUAUAGCUGGAUUACCUUUUUUAUGUGAUUUUUCAGUUAUUAUACAAGAGUGGCACCCAAAAAAUUAGAAAUAAAAAUGCGUGCGACACUUAUUCAAAUUUACAUUCAUGCGUUAGGCCUAUGAAUACUAUCCCCUAAAGAAUUGGUAUUAUCACUAGGAGCUCUUGCUUUCUAGGAGGCUAAGCCUAUUCCUUGGUUAACCUAUUUUUUUUUAUUUCUGUUAAACAUGAAUUGAUCGAAUAUUUUAUCCAUUUUUAUUUUUGUUUAACCUAUUCAUAUCCGAUCUGACCCAUCCAUUUGCCUGUCCAAGAAAGGGGUUUUGCAGAUUCACUAGAAUAUAUCCAUUCUUUCAACGUCCAAAUCUAUGCAUAUAGUGCAAAAAUCAAGUACUAACACUCUCUCGAUUCAGAACCUAUAACGUUUAAGUUCUGGAUCAACCAGUGUGAAACAAAGGAAGAGGAAGAUCACCUUUUGCACAGUCUUCAACUAGUUUUCUUAAACUUUAGUAUAUCAAUUGAGCAUUGUUAAAACUAAGAUUGUGGUCCUAAACAUAAAGUAACAAUCGAUAUCCACAUGUUGACCUAAAAUCCCGUUGCCAAUUGCAAUAAUAUAAACAUUUCUUUUACACUCAAUUCCAUCCAACGUUAGAAUAUAUGAAAUAAUAUAUUAUUCACAAAUCACAAUCAUAUCAUAUCCCCAUUAAUUCCCACAAAGCCUUCCACUAAUAGAAAGUUUUUCCAUAAAUAUCGACAAUAACAUAGACUUACACUCACAACCCAUAUAACAAAGUAGUCCUCUUGUGGUAAGUUUCAUUCAAUUACAUAUAUGCAAAAACUUGUACUUGUUAUAAUUACAUCUAUAACCUUUCCUUUUCUGUAAACUCUGUAACUAGUAAAAAUAUCUCAUUCAGAAAGAUUUUCAUGAUCAUGUCUUAUAAUUAACUACUUAAGAAGUACAAGUUGAGUUCCUGGUGAAAACGACGAAAAUCACAUGCCACUCAUGGCUCAGCAGAGUUCACUAGACUACAAUGGUAAGCCAAAGAACAGAAUUUUGACAAGAAGUAGAAGGUGUUUCGAGCCAAUUAGCAAAAAUAAUUUCACUUCUUAUAGUCAAGCAUCAGAGGUACCUAGCAGCCCUGCCAAUGCAAUGGAGUUCUUGAGUCGACCGUGGAGUCCAUCUUCUAGUGAUCUCCUGCAAAUGUUUUCAUCAAGUAAUCUCUUGUUGAAAGACGCGGCAGGCAAAGAGGAUUAUGAAGAACAAGAUGAGGAAAUACUGGACAGUUCAAGCAACAGAGCUUUUACCAAUAAACAGUAUAUUAAGGUGGACUUGCAUCACAUGAAGGGAUGGCUAAAAAGAAAAUCUCCGUUUUGGUUGUUUAGAUCAGAUCAAGAGAAGAAAGAGAAACUCCGAUUACAAACAGCAAAACUACAUGCUGUACUUUCCCUCACACAGCUUGCUUCAGGUAUUGCUGGCUUUGCCAGCAAUAGCAGUUCAGAAAGACGAGAAUCACACCAUAUCAAUUAUGAGAGGGAAGGAACAUGGAGCCAUAAUAUGGGUAAUGUAGUUGCUUCAGCUGCUGCUCUGAUGACUACGGUAUGUGCUGAGGCAGCAGAAGCUCUAGGAGCAGGAAGAGCUCAGGUUGCAUCUGCAGUCAAUUCUGGCCUGGCCAUCCAAUCUCCAAUGGAUAUGAUUGCAGUCACAGCAACAGCAGCCACAUGUUUACGAGGAGCUGCAAUUCUUAAAUCGAGAGCCAUAGAGGAUUCCUCUCCUAGGAUCCCAGAGAUGCUCACUGCAGGCACACGACUAUGGAUAAUAAUGCCCUCAGGACAUAAAGAAGACAAAUGGGUAACCCUGCAUUUGAAGCAAAACCAACUGAUACUAAGCCUCAAAAGGAAGUACUUUGGGACUCUAAGAGCUUCAAAAGAAUGUAAUUAUCCAUUCAGUUUCUAUUUAUUACCUCAAAACUUGAUGCUUCUCUUCUUUUUAGACUUUAUUAUAAAAGAACUCUUAAUACUAAAAAAAACUUACCGUUGUCCAGACAAGCUGAUCAACAUCAUAAAAGAAUGUCUGGAGGCUCAAGACAAGUAUUUUGUUAGCUUGAUGACGAACAAUGGAAUCAUCAAGCUUCUUUUCAAAGAUGAAAUGCAAUCAAGCAUCUGGAUAUCUACCAUUUCAGGUGUCUUAAAGAAGCAAAGAUCCUCUUGAGAAAGAGGUCUGAUAUAUUGUACAAAAACGUUAUGUCAUACAGACAAAACCAAGAUUUGUCAUAAACAUAAUUCUAAUGGAGAGAUGAGCCAAGAUUUGAACUUUAUACGUUCUAA